AUGCUUACCUCUACACUGGUACUGAUUGUUGUGCUCAUCAUAACAUUGUGUUUAUUCGGUACGUUCGCAUCUCCACCUGAAUUGAGACUUCGUAAUGAUCUACUUCGUGACUACAACGCUCUCGAAAGACCCGUUGAGAACAGCGGUGAUGCUGUGGUGGUGAAAUUGGGUGUUUCGUUUCAGCAGAUCAUUGAUCUGAAUGAAAAGGAAGAGAAACUUGAAGUGAAUGCUUGGUUGAAAUAUCAAUGGACCGAUGUAAAAUUGCGAUGGGAUCCUCGUGAAUAUGAAAAUGUUACUGAUUUGAGGCACCCGGCUGGGUCGGUUUGGCAGCCAGAUAUCCUACUCUAUAACAGUGUUGAUUCGACUUUCGAUAGCACAUUCAAGUCGAAUGUUCUCGGCUAUAAUGAUGGAACGAUAUCAUGGAUUCCUCCGGGCAUCUUCAAGGCUUCAUGCAAGAUCGAUAUUUACUGGUUUCCGUUCGAUGAACAAAUUUGCUACUUCAAGUUCGGAUCAUGGACACACAAUGGGCGAGAAGUCGAUCUACAACCAGGUGACUUUGAUAUGUCGGAUUUCAUUGAAAAUGGCGAAUGGGUUAUUCUCAAGACAUGGGACGUUCGUAAUGAAAGAUUCUACGAGUGCUGCCCAGAACCGUAUCCCGAUAUCAAAUUCUUCAUUCAAUACUAUGCAUUCAACUUGAUCAUGCCAUGUAUGUUGAUCAUGCUUCUCAUUGCGCUUGGCUUCACGCUAAGUCCGUACACGUGUGAGAAGGUUGGAUUGCAGAUUUCAGUAUCGCUUGCGAUUUGCAUCUUCUCAACGAUCAUGAACGAGAUGACACCGUCAACGUCUGAAGCCGUUCCGCUUCUCGGUAUAUUCUUUCAAAGCUGUACGGUGGUAUCGACUGCAGCAACCGGGUUCACGGUUUACGUUCAAGCAAUUCAUUUUCGCAAUCCUGACACAAACCAUCGAAUGGGCUUUUGGAUGCGUUUCAUUCUACUCGAAUGGGUGCCAUUCCUUCUGAUGAUGAAACAGCCGAAGCGUGAGAACAACCUCAAAACAAUUCAGCAGAGUUGGAAAGAGCGUAAGAAUGUAGCCGAUGAUGUAAAUACAGCAUUUUCAUAUAUGGACGGUAAUACUCGCGUUGUACAGAUUUUGGGUGAAGCGUUACGUGAUAAUUUCCAGUCGGUGAUGUUCCAAUUGAAAGUUUGCAAAACAACAAAGAAAGAUCAUAUAUUACAGCAGCGAUUGAAACUUCUCAAUCGAAUCUACGACCAUGUCAAGUGUCAAUUCCAAAAAUUGGUNAGUGACGACGAUCUCGAAGAGAGACAUGUCGAAUAUGAAUGGCACUUCGCAGCGAUGGUUGUGGAUCGACUGGGAUUGAUCUUGUUCAGUUUCAUUAUUGUGAUCACUUCAUCGGCGAUUCUAUUACGAGCACCAUAUCUCUUCGCUUGA